UUCCUUGUCUCUGGGUUCAAUCUUAAUUCCCUACAAAAGAGCAAGAGGACACCACGGUGGCUUUUAGCUUAACCCUUCUUGCUGAUGAACUUUCCACACAUAACUCCAUGAGUAGCCCACUUUCUUGGAUCAAUAAUUCAACCCCAAAAUCAAAAUCAAAAGUAACAUCUUUUGAUAUACAAAUAUCUACCUAUUUCUGUUGAUCCAAUUCCAUUUCCAUAACAAUUUCAAGAAUGGAUCUUGAUGAGUGGGAAAUUCUUCCCCGGAGUGGUGGAUUUCUUAAUUACCAUGAAGGUGAUCGUGGAGGAAGUAAGACUAGCUCGAAUACAAGAACUAUGUUCGAUAUGGAUUACUUUGUUUGCCCAUCUUCACCUCCAACAAAUUCAACAAUUGUGCCUAAUCAACAACUCGUUCCAGUUCCAUUUCAAUUGGAACCCACAGCAGUAAUAACUGGUAGAGAUCAAGAAGAAGGUAACAGAAAGAAGCCUAUUGACAUAAAGGCAGUACCUUCUUUGAUCAUACUACCAGAAGUCAAAGAUCCUGAUAAAGCUUUAAAAGAAGCUGAUCAAGAUCCAAUUUCUCAAGUUUUCUUCAAGAAAAUGACGGAAAAUAAAUUUGUCGACAUGAAAAUGGACUCUCCAGAGUCUCCUACUAAAGGGUUUGUGCCUCCUCCUCUUCCUCAAAUCGAUGCUGGCAAGUUUAACUUUGAGGAUAGAAGUGAAACCUUUAUUAAAGGCGAGAACUUGGAGGCCAAGAUUAGUUCUCCAAGAAUCAAGAAUGAAAAAGAUAUUAAUGAGGAAGUGGAGGAAGGGAAUUGGGAAGACAGUAGUGGUGGUUUGAACUUAUGGAAGUGGAGCUUGAAUGGGAUUGGAGCUAUUUGUUCUUUUGGUGUUGCAGCUGCUACUGUUUGUAUUAUUAUUUUCGGUAGCCACCAAAGAAACAAGCAGCAGCAACAGCAGAAUCAAAAGCUGAGAUUCCAGAUUUACACUGAUGACAAGAGGAUUAAACAAGUGGUUCACCAUGCAACAAGAUUGAAUGAAGCAAUUACAGCAGUAAGAGGAGUUCCCAUUGCUAGGGCUCACAUAACUUAUGGAGGUUACUAUGAAGGUCUUUGAAGCAAUAAUUAUCACAAAAAUUCACCAUUUUGUUCCUUCCUGGCAGUUAUGGUGAUGGAUCUGUUAAAUUUGGUAUAUGUAAGUUUCUUCAUAUAUUGACAAGAAAAAUGAGUUGGAUGUUUGUGUAUAGAUUCUGAUGAAUCUUGUCUGUAUUAGAGAUUCCUUGUGCAUUAUGUGCAACCCACUCACAAGAGAUUGGUAAUAUUGUAAUCCACUUGUUAUAGCACUAGCUCUUUUAAGUUUGUAAUUUUGGGUAUUGAGUCUACCAUUUCUAUAUUAAUCAAGUUGUCCCCAAAAGACUAGAAGAGUAUAUUGAAUUCUAAAUUAUAAAACAUAAAGAGAUGCUUAUCCAGUUUCAA